ACCUGGAACAAAAAUUCCCGAACUUAAAAUUUUUUGAUGCUUUGCUAAAAAAUAUUGACAAAAUGUCAUUGCCGGCAGGAUGGGAUUGUUUGAAGCAGUCUAAAAUUCUCAUUUUUGUUUAUAUGAUUCAGCAAAACAAUUUCUCCUGCAGCAAAUUAAUAAUGGAUGAGGAGAUGAACAUUCGUGUCAAAAUAGGGGAAUUUGAGGCAAUGAAUUGCCCCAAAAAAAAUUGAACCACAGGAAAUUCCAAUCGCUUUGGAUGUAAUUUUGAAACUAAAACACUGCAGUGCACGCUUUGAAAAGUUUGUCUCCUUUUAAUAAAUAUUUCACUUAUAUGUAAUUAUAAUCUUAGUAUAUUUAACAAAUAAUUUAUUUAUUUAACGUGUUUACAGGCCAGAAGAGUGUUACGGGUUCGUUUUACCAAAAAUGAAAAAUUGCCCUGGACGACAAGCCGAAUUGUGUAAGCCAUGCAAAAAAAGAUGAAUCGCAGCCUCAGUUAAAAAAUGCAAGUCCAAAAAGAAAGGAAAAAAAACAUCAUUGUCAAAAGAAGACUGAGAAAUCGGUAUAAAAGCGUCAACCGCAGAAAUAAAAGACUUGAAAAAAAGUUGAAUAUGAUGAAGAAAAAAGUGGAAAUAUUGAGGGAAAAGUGCGCAACUAUAAAAGAAGAUGUUUUAAAAGAAUCAAUAUCUAAUCUUCCGAAAAAACAACAAACUGCAGUCAAAGCCUGUUUCGAAGCCUCAAAACUGAAAAAUAUUCGAAGCAUGAGAUAUACAACUGAUUGGAUAUACGAAUGUAUAUUACUUCGUAUAAAAAGCAAAAAGUUGUAUAGGCAGUUAAGAAAAGACAAGAUUUUGAUUCUACCAUCUCCAGAAACGUUGGCCAAGUAUCUUCGUCAUAUUAAAAGCACGUAUGGCUUUCAGGCUUAUAUAUUCGAAGGACUGAAAAAGAAAACGGCAUUUAUGGCACCAGAAAUUCGACGAGGUAAAAAAAUUAAAUUAAAUUAAAACGAAAAUUGAAAUACAUCACAAUUGAUUUUGUUUA